AUGCGGUACUUUUUAAGAAUAUUCUGUGAACAUCCAAUUGCUUGUGAGUUAUUUCACACGUCGAAAGACGAAAUCAAAACAAUUGAUCCUUGGUCACUAAACAAAACUGAUUUUCGCUACGGUACAUUGAAGAUGUACAAUAUGGACUUUCCUAAUGUUCGUGCAUCUAAAUGCACGGAAACGUCGCUAGGCCACGGUAUCGUUCAUUUGUACCGGGAUUCUAGCGAGAUGUCUGCAGAAUUCGAUGUUCCGGGUCUUGUCGUAGCAAUCCUUGCCAUUCCAUCCUACAUGUCCCCUUCCGAUAUCCUUGGCUUUCUUGGUUCUGACGUAUGUGAAACAACCAGUCAUAUAAGAUUACUGCAAACAAGCGCACAAAAUCGUCUGCUGGCGCUUCUGAAAUUCCGUUCGAAGGAAGACGCUGUGCGGUUUCGUGAAGAAUUUAACGGGAAACAAUUCUCGCAAUUGGAACCCGAGACAUGCCAUGUAAUUUACGUGGAUGCGGUUGAAGUGAUUGAACAAAAAACGACGUCUGAUGAAAACCGUGUUGUCUCAAAGAAACCCGUUGCUCCUCCUACCCCGUCGCUUUCCGAGUUACCGACAUGUGUUGUGUGUCUCGAACGCAUGGAUUCUUCAAUCACGGGCUUGCUCACCAUAGCUUGUCAACACACAUUCCAUUGUCCAUGUCUCCGAAAAUGGGGAAAUUCAUCGUGUCCCGUGUGUCGGUAUACUCAAAAGCCUAAUCAUAAAGAGCAUACAAGCAGCUGUAACGCCUGUGGCUGUCGUGAUAAUUUGUGGAUGUGUCUUAUUUGCGGCAACAUUGGAUGUGGUCGUUAUCAUGAUGCACAUGCAAAGCAACAUUUUGUGGAGUCCUCACAUUGCUAUGCAAUGGAGCUGGAAAGUCAAAGGGUAUGGGAUUACAUUGGUGACAACUACGUUCACCGGCUUUUACAAUCAGAUACAGAUGGAAAAUUGGUAGAGCUUUCUACGAAAGCUACAGAAGAGAACGAGGAAAAUAUUGGCAGCUCUUCACGCCAAAAAGAAAUGAAAAAAAUGAGUUUAGAAUAUACUCAUAUUUUGACUUCGCAAUUGGAAUCUCAGAGGGAGUAUUACGAAGCACGUUUAAAAAGUCUGGCGGAUAAAUAUACAGAUCUUCAAAACAAAAGUACAAAACAGGAAGAAAUCGCACAGGGCAAACAGACGAAUCAGUUACAGGAACAGUUGGCGAAAGCUGAUAGCGCUAUAUCAAAAAGGGACUCAAAAUUGAAAAAGCUAACUGAAGAAAAUACGGAAUUGCGACAUGAACUGGAAACGGAAAAAGUUAUGAGUGAAAACCUCUUCUUAAAAGUUAAGAUUUUAGAAGAAAAUCUAGAGGAACGCAAUGGAAAAAUAUCUGCCUUAGAGGAUCAAAUGACGGACUUGUCGGAACAACUUCGAGAUGUUAUGUUCACGCUUUCUGCAUCACAGACACUGUCGAAUGAGGAAGAAGACGUAAAGAACGGCACCAUUGUUAUACCGAGCAGCCCUUCCAAAGACAAAAAGAAGAAAAAUCGUCGUUCAAGAAGGAGCUGA